AUCACGAGCGACUUUGUUGACAUCGAGAAGACGCGUGCGUGCUUCGUAAUCACAGCGCGACGUUCUGCCCUUCUGCGGGCGGACACUCAGGUUCAUUUUCAGUCUGUGUGCUGCUUGGGAGGAAGCAUGGAUAAGUUCGUUAUUAGGAAACCCAAGUCUCUGCAGCCAGAGGUUAAAGUCCCCAGUAAACCCAAAGGACAGGCCACUCUGUAUUCACUAAAGAGAGUUGUGGUCCUGGAAGAUAUAAAGAGAUGGAAGUGUAUCCUGGAGUUUCCUAACCAGACAACAGAAAACCUGAUGAACACUCUGAAGGAACUUAAGAAAAAAAUUCCUUCUGAAGAAGUGAUAAGAUCAACAAAAAUCGGUGAAGCAGUUGGAAGCCUACAGACGCAUGACGAUAAGGAUGUGUCACACUUGGCACAGGAAGUUUACAACAAUUGGGAAACGUUCAUAAAGGAGAAUCGCAGCAAACCAAACAUUGAAGUAAGAUGUGAUGCUGCAACUGAGAAACUACGCCAAAACGCCAGGCGACUGUUGGCUGAAGCACUAAAUAUGGAGGCUGAUCACUCUUUGGUUGAAUGUAUUGAACGUGAAGUUUUCCAUCAGACCUCCCGUCUGAUCAAUGUUCACUACCGCAGAACAAUCCGGGCACUUGUAUUUGCACUGAAGCACAAGGCAGAGACUCGAUGCCAGGUCAAAGAAGGGACUAUAAAGAUUCAUGAGUUGGUGCAAAGUCAUAAGAAAUAAAAAAAGAAAAUUCUCAACUCCUGGGUGAGAACAACUGUACAACACCUUCAGGAAAAUUCAGGACAUGUAACCUUGGAUCAAGUUAAUGUUACAGGGAAUACUACAUGUAGGUUUUCGGGCUGGUUAACACUAAUGCCCUUUCUACUGUCAUACAUUUAUUUUUCCAUUGGUUACCAUCACAAGAAACUUCUUUCAGUGGAGCAUGAUAUACCUAUUGUGUAGGCUUUUUAAUACCAGGAGAUUGCCAGGUUAAUAUAGCAGGACCCAGUUACACACAGUAUAAUACAUUCAUUGUUAACAUCUUGAGAUGCCGGCCCUUUCUCGUGGUUAAUUUUUGGGCAAUGUACUUGCGAGUUCAAACCAGGAAAGGCUAGACAUGCUUUCACAGUCACAGAGGUGUUUUAAAAAUAAUAACAAUAAUUCUUAAACAUAAGUUGUUAUAUUCAUAAACAUGUUUUGAGAAUUUUAAAAUUCAGUGUGUAAAAUGUAUAUAACUCCAUUAUCUCUGCCUAUUAUUAUAGUGUAGUGCAGGAUCUGUCAAGAUUGACAAGAGUCGCACUGCCAUCAUGAAUUCUACCCCUCUCCCGUUACUCAUAUCUUGGGGAGAGGUUCUAAGAAGAGGGAGACCAACAAAACAGUAAAGCGUAUUCACUGAAGUGGCUAUAUUAGCCUUGGUUUCGAAUUUUGCAUUUCACAAUGUAACACAUAGUGCAGCCAAUCAGAAUACAGCGUGAACAGUUAUUCACAUUACCCAACUUUUCUAUAAUGCAGGGCUUCUGACAACAGACACAACUAAAUAGGAACGUCCCUUUUCUUUUAUG